AUGAGAGCCGUUCGUGACAACAAUUUCACAGGCGCAUACGGAUCAGCUUACAGCAAGGCAGCGUCUGCUAUCGCCACAGCAACGAGCUAUAUGAACGACCACCUAAUCAGACGAAAAACACAACUGUCUCUCGUCCCCCUUCGCCAUUCCACCGCUCCGCCGCUCCUCCAUUACCAUUUCUUCCCUCCGCCCCUCAUUCUUCCCCCCCACAUUCUUCCCCCCCACCCCCGCCCCCUCCCUCCUUUUUCCCCGUCUACAGAAGACGAUACGUUAACUCCUGGCUUCUGCUCCGACUAUGAGGGAGCAGUCUAUAUCAAGGUCUUUACUGUAGACGACAUUGCGCGCCGACUGAACUACCCGCGAGCGCGCACCGUCAUUUUGGAGCUAAAUAAGAACCUCGUUCUCGACAAGGGCCUUCUUUUCGACUCGCGCUACUCGUGCACUGUACUGCGUUCCAACAACAUAACGGGGUCGGGAUACAGAAUCUCUUACUUCGGAGCGGAUCAGCCUGUAUUGCGGAUAUGGAACACCAGCAAUGUGCUUGUACUGGGAGUGAGCUUUUCCCUCGGAGUUCGCACCUCGUCUCCCGAGUGCGUCGGUGUUCCCGAGAAUGGCAUCGGGGUAAAUUGCCCUACAAUACACGUGUACAGGAGUUACGGAAUUCAGAUUGCGAAAGGAACAGUGUUCGGGCGCAUUGACUUGUUUCGAUGCAUGUCAUCUCGAGUAGACUCCAUGCGCGUCACGGGAGUUCCCGUGUUCAACAAAUCCCCAGGCGUGAUUCGCGUCGCCAUGAGCGGCUACGGACCCACGCUGGAGAAGUCGUAUAUCGCGAUCACCAAUAACGAGGUCUAUGGUGAGUCAAUCUUCAGCAGGUCAGGCGUCAGGGGAUGCAGAGACUCGUGGCGUACGAGCGGUCUAGCAAGGCCUCUUGCCUCUUUCUUCCCUCUUUUCUUCUUCCCUCUCUCUUGCUUCCCUCGUUCUCGCUCUGCAACUCCCCCGCACACACCACCCCAUGCGACUACGUACACGACUUCAUCUUCACUCCCGCCUUUCCCCCUAUCCUUCCCGCCCGUUCCCCCUCCUCUACCAGGCGUCGAUACCCCAAUCGUGCUCUAUCAGGGCGCCAUCGGCGUGAUAGUGCGCAACAACUACGUGCACGACUUCAUAUUCGCGGGCAUCCGCUGCGGCGCAGACGUGCACUACGCAGCAGACUGCGUGCUCGCCACCAUCUCCUACAACAUUGUGGUGGCUGCUGGGACUAACCGGUCGGGGGAUCAGGACGCUGCGGGCAUUUACUUCUGCACGCACUGGUUCAGCCCUGCGAACCUGGCCGAAUGUAACUACGUGUUCAACGGCGACCACUGCUACUACCUGGACUACGUCACCUCGGGAGUGACGGUGAACGGCGGGGCGUGUGUGGGCACGUACGAUGGCAUCAAGGUCAACAAUGGCAAGUGGUGA